CAUGAAGCCAUUCUCCAGCAGACAACUGAAGAGAAUCGAACCCAACGCAAAGAAGCGCUGAUUUCAAAACAACCCAAAGACCAGAAUCAUGAAGAUGCUCCAGGUCACCGUCCUCCUCCUGAGCGUCCUGGUCCACGCUGGCGCCGGCUUCCCGUCCGACAGAACCCGCCGGGAGAAGCACGCCUCCUGGGACGACGUGAACGUCGUGGCCCACGGCCUCCUGCAGCUCGGCCAGGGGCUGAAGGAGCAUGUGGACAAGACCAAGACCCAGAUGAGAGACGUGAACGGCCGGCUGAGGGCCGUCAACGGCACGCUGGCGGAGCUGGAGAGGAGGCAGGAGCAGCAGGGCGAGGCGCUGAUGGCCCAGAGCAAGGAGACGCAGGGGACGUACAGGCUGCUCUCCCAACUGGGAGAGGAGGUGAAGCUGGAGGUCGGCGAGGUGAAGAGGCAGGCGGAGGUCAUGACGUCCAGGAUGGACCGACUGGAGGAGGUUCUGACGGAGCCGACGAAGGACGGCAACGACAGCGAACAUGAGAGAGUUUCAUUCAUCCAGAGGCUGAUGGUGGCUCAGAACAGACGAAUCGAUCAGCUGGUGGAGAAAAUCAGGCAGCAACAAGACAAGCUGGAGAAACAAAGUCUGCACCUGCAGGCCCUGCAGGACAAGGUUGCGCAUAAGAGAGUGAAAUCCCACAGACGAAGAGACGAAGCGAGAGCGUUGAAAGGCGAGGCAGAACUCAACCAAGCAGGGUUGGCCAGAGAUUGUCAGGAUCUGUUUGCACAGGGGCAGCGAGUCACCGGCGUCUACAUGAUUCAGCCCGACAACUCAAAACCCUUCAGCGUUCUCUGUCAGAUGACUCCUGAUGGCGGCUGGACAGUCAUCCAGAAACGCCAAGAUGGCUCUCAGAACUUCAACCAGCUUUGGGAGAGCUACAGGACAGGAUUCGGCAACCUCAACGGAGAGUUCUGGCUCGGUUUGGACCACAUCCACUCCAUUUCCAAGCAAGGCCAGUACGUCCUUCACGUCGAGCUCUCCGACGAGGCCGGGCGGCGCCAGGCGGCCCGCUACUGGUUCCAGGUCGACGGAGAGGAGAGGCAGUUUGCUCUGCACCUUGACCUUGACCCUUCGUCUGGCGUUCAGGAGGGAAUCGAGUCCACCGGAGCGUCCGGACUUCCCUUCUCCACAGCCGACAGAGACAACGACCUCGAUGCGGACGCCAACUGCGCCGCGCUGCUCUCAGGCGGUUGGUGGUUCAGCAGCUGCGGAGAGUCAAAUCUGAACGGGAAGUUCCAUCAGCGCCGCGGGGGAAGUCGGGCAAAGUUUCAGGGACAAUUCGGGCCGCUCAGCUCCACUCUCCUGAAAAUCGCUCCGGUUUCUAAAACGCAAUAAGACGCCGAGUCAUUCAACCCAGAGAACAUCUGGGUCCGUAACUACUGACAGCCUGAAAAGACGCUGACGACGCACAUUACUAAUGUCUGCUGAUGCACUGAUGUAUGCAACGCAUACGAGGAAAUGGAGUCUGAGCUGAAACGUUCAGUCAUGUUGACUGGGACUUUAUUUCCCUUUGUGAGGGAACUUUUUAUUACAUGUUAUCUAUGUCCUUUAAUUACGUUUUGCUUAUUUAAUAUAUUGUUUUUUUACUCAUUUGAUUACAGUUUCAGAUGCUUUUUAUUUGUAUGAAUAAAAAUGAACAUGGAAAAUAAAAGCUGGAAGUUA